AACCACGUGGGCAGCGGGAUGGCGGGCGAGGCGCAGUGCCUCAGCUACGCGGGAUGCAACUUCCUGCGGCAGCGCCUGGUGCUGGCCACGCUUAGCGGGCGUCCGCUGAAGAUCCGCAAGAUCCGCGCCAAGGAGGAGGAUCCUGGGCUCCGCGAUUUUGAAGCAAGUUUUAUUCGCCUGAUUGACAAAGUGACCAAUGGCUCUCGGAUUGAAAUAAACCAAACAGGUACUACUUUGUAUUAUCAGCCUGGUCUUCUGUACGGAGGCUCGUUGGAACAUGACUGCAGCCCCAGUCGUGGCAUUGGUUACUAUUUGGAAAGUCUGCUGUGCUUGGCACCCUUCAUGAAGCAUCCACUGAAGAUUGUCUUGAGGGGAGUAACAAAUGAUCAAGUAGACCCUUCGGUUGAUGUCCUUAAAGCAACAGCUCUACCCCUACUGAAGAAGUUUGGAAUUGAUGGUGAAAAUCUGGAAAUCAAGAUCAACCGGAGAGGAAUGCCUCCCAAAGGAGGUGGAGAGAUACUGUUUGCUUGCCCAGUGAGAAAGAUCUUGCAGCCUGUUCAGUUUACAGACCCUGGCAAAAUCAAGCGUAUCAGAGGAACUGCAUUCUCUGUCCGAGUGUCACCACAGAUGGCAAACAGAAUGGUGGAAUCUGCAAGGGGCAUCCUAAAUAAAUUCCUCCCAGACAUCUAUAUCUGCACAGAUCAUAUGAAGGGGGUCAGCUCUGGAAAAUCACCAGGUUUUGGCAUGUGUCUUACUGCAGAAACCAUCAAUGGCACUAUUCUCAGCGCUGAGCUAGCCUCAAACCCUCAGGGCCAGGGCGCAGCUGUGCUUCCCGAGGAACUGGGCCAGAAUUGUGCUAAGCUGUUGCUUGAGGAGAUCUACAGGGGAGGCUGUGUAGAUUCAACAAAUCAGAGCCUUGCUCUGCUUCUUAUGACCCUUGGACAACGGGAUGUUUCCAAAGUCCUGUUAGGACCUCUCUCUCCAUACACAAUUGAGUUUCUGCGACACCUGAGAAGCUUCUUCCAGAUCAUGUUUAAAAUUGAAACAAAGACCCCUGAGGAAGAGCACGUGGGCGGCGAGAAAGUCUUAAUGACCUGUGUCGGCAUUGGAUUUUCCAACCUUAGUAAAACUAUAAGAUAAAAAACAUCUGCAGACUUCAUAAAAGACAGAAAAUGGUGCAAAGAUCUAAAAAAACCCUACCUGUCUCUAUAUUUAUUCUGGCAUAGGAAAACCUGUGAUGAUUCCAGUGCAGAGGUACCCAAGCUUGCUGCAUGUAAACAGUAAAGCUGACUUUAGGCUAUUUAGACCUGUGCUAUUUAUAAAUGCAAUGCCAGGACUCUGUCCUGCAUUGAGUGGCUGUCUGGAGUGUCAGCUGGCUUAGGACUCUUUGCACUGUAAUCCACUGAAUGGGACACAAGUGCCUCAUGUCACUGUGCCCUCAAACCGUAAUGAGGUGGGUGGUCUGGUUUUGUGAACCUACUGAUUUCACUCUUAGCUUUUUCUGAAAGCUUUGGGUAGAAAGGGAAAACAAAAUUAACCAAAACAGGCUUUGUGGUGCAAAACAAAUGAUCGCAACAGAAAUAUUAAAUUCUUGAGGUAAUUGCAGAAAUAAUAUUGGCAUGGAAAUAAAAGUAAACAUGUGACAAUAAUUCUUUGUUCAUACAUUGCACAUAUAUAGAAUUUGUCAGACGCUUCACUCCUGCUUACGUUGACUAAGUUGCAGUUUCACAGGAAGAAUAAAAUAGCUGUCUUUUAUUUUUCCUUAAUGUUAGAAUACUGCAGAAGAGAUCACAGCCUAUACUGAUUUGUUUUAGCCUACUUUGCGAAGAUGGGCAUGGGAGGACAGACCACCAUGACAGAUUUAGGCUUAUCACAUAUAUUCUUUUUAGGUUUAUUUGCCAUACACCACAGCUCACAGUUAGCUGUGAGAGAUAGUAAAAGUAGCUGUAGGUUUUGAGGGACAAAAAUACAUUCAGUUACACCAUCAUGUUUUGUGCAUCUGCUCCCUUUUGAAAGUGGGGAUAAUUGUGUAUGGGCAUUACUUGGAUUGACAGAUACAAAAAAGUUUUCACUGGCAUAUAAAUAUUUACGCAGGAAAGGCUUUUGGUAGAUUCCAGGCAAACAUGCUGAAGUUAAUUCUGAAUGGACACAAGGAGAGAAAUUUGUAUUUGACUGCAGACUACACUUAGUGUGUAUGGAGUAAAAUAAUACUGUGUCAAAAGCUGGUAUAUAGAGAGAGUAAAUACUAGGGACUGUGUUAUAAUGGUCUUACAAACGUUGAUACCAUUGUAAAGUGGGCAUUACCUCUGUAAUAUGAAAAAUGUAUAUUGGACCCAAAAGAAUUUUAAUCAAAUGCCUAACUUUUUGUCAGUGUUUUGCUAAAUAUUGCAGGCUGUGGGAGUAAUCUUUGUACUGUACUUUGUUCUUGUUGCAAUCUGUCAAACAUGUUUCGGAAAAAUAAAGUAUUUUUUUUCCUAAA